CUGCAGUGUAGGCUUAUUUAACAGCAAGAAAAUAGAGGUCUAUUUUAUCUGGGGACUGCACUGUACAAAGCAGGUAAAAGGUCAUCUGCGGGACAGUGCACAGAAAAAACAUGGAUCAUUACAUUUGGGAAAGAGAUUUUGACAGCCAAAUAGAAGAGCUAGAUGUCCCUGAUGAAUGGAGCUUCUCUGUGGACAAUAAUCUCCUGCGAGCACAAUCAGGAUAUGUAUUGUACACACAGCACACAUAUGGCGGGUUCUGCUGCUCAUCUUGUAGACGUGUGUGGAACUCAGCAGAAAUUCAAAUCCUGUUUGCCGUGACACUGAAAAAAUGGCAGCGAUGUGGUACUGUCAAAAUGAGGAUCUACCGACAGCGAUGUAAAAAAUGCAAAACUCGUAUAAUGGAGCAGCCACAGAUCUCCCGUGUGAACAUAAAUAUUGUUAUAGCUAAUCUGGUGAAAAUGAUUGGGAAGAGAUUCUACAAUCAGGAUGAUGGAAAGCAAACAAAAGCUCCUGUCAUAUACAGUAAAGUAAAAGAUGGACCUCAUGAAAAGGAACACUGUGAGGCAUGUCAGCUGGGUAUUUGUAAAAAUCCCAAGGCUCAAGAAACUAGUGUAGCUGAGGUUGUGACUGCCGUGUCUGCUAUUGCUCUUAUUGGAUUAGGAACUCUAGCUGCACUUUUAUCAAACAAAUAAGCAUUGUAUGAAAGGGAAAUUCAUAAUGGUAUAUUUAAAAUGUUUUCUGUUUGCAUUACCUAAAUAAUGAAAUAUGAUGGAAUUAAGAUUUAGCACUGAUAAAAGAAUCAUGAAUAAUGUCCAUAUCACUUUAAGAGAAGAAUUUUCAAUAAAUGCUUUUUGUUAAUCAUUUGAAA